AUGACAGAGCAUAAUGCUUCUCAAAGAUUCUUUUACACUACCCUGAAAAGUUUGUACAACAAAAUUUUGAUAUUCUUUCUGUUCAUGUUGCUUCUCUAUGGCUACCUCCGGCUUGAGAUGAUUUCUCAGGAAGAAAUUGAUUUCAGAAAGGUCGAGAAAAUAAGCAUAUUCAUAUUAGCAGGCCAGAGCAACAUGGCAGGAAGAGGUGGGGUGUUUAACGGAGUGUGGGUUGAAUACAUUCCGAUCGAGUGUAGGAAUAAUAAUAGACUUCUUCGACUAAAUGGAGAUUCAAAACUAGAAGAGGCGAAGGAGCCACUCCAUGAAGGAAUUGAUAAUGUGAAAAAAACAUGUGGGGUUGGUCCAGGAAUGGCCUUUGCUAGUGCAAUAUUGAAAAGGACCCAAAUUUUGGUACGAAGCCGAUUGAUCACAAGAGCUAAUGAUGCUCUCAAAUAUGGCGGAAAAAUUCGAGCGAUUUUGUGGUAUCAAGCGGAGACAGAUACAAGGAAUGAAGUUGCAGCAAAAGAAUUUCGCGGCCAGUACAAGAAGUUUCUACAUCGUUUGUAUGAAGAAUUGAAGAACCCUAAAGCUCCUUUUAUUCAGGUAGCAUUAGCAUCGGGACAAGGGGUGAAGAAUUAUAUCCAUAGAGUAAGAGCAAUUCAAAACGCAAUGGAGAAUGUGGUAACAGUUGAUGCCUUUGGACUUCAACUUGGAGCAGAUGGCAUGCAUCUCACAACUACUUCUCAAGUUCAGCUUGGCAAGAUGAUGGCUAAUGCAUUCUUCAAUACCACGAAAUAA